GCGGGCGAAACGGUCGCCAGUUUCGAGCGUGUGUGACGCUCCGCGGGAACGAGAACGGGACCGUGUAACGUUACUUCUUGCUCCUACCGACGGAACUGUCGCAGUUUCGCGUUUUCCGGCCUUCGAGGAAGUCACUCGAAGCCGCGUUUCGAUCGUCGAAAGCUCUCCCGGCGAGAGAAUUCGUUCGUUCGCGAGUUGCCAGUUGUGUAACGCGGUGGAGAAUCACGUGGAGUCUAUUUCUCGAUGAACUUCGUCGUGUUGCUAAAAUGCAAACGUUUGCACCUGUUGUUUGGGAUAUAAUUAGUGGCCGCAAGAAACUAGCAGUCUAGCUGGUGACAAUCGUGGCAGUCAACGUGUGACACGAAACGGAAACACGUGCCUAUUGUUAUUCACAAUUUUCAAGCUGGAAGGGAAAUUUUGGAAUAUUCGAGCGGGAAGAUAUAUCCCGGUAGCGGGAUCAACGCGCGUUUAAGGUAGCUGCGAAGGAUUUAUGCAAACGUCAGCAGCGUAUUAAUCUCUGCUCCGAACGUGAAUUUUCCACGGUAUUACGCAACGCUCCGAUACUGAUUAUUACUUGAUAAUACGUAGCCGUGCAGCCCCGUCAUAAAUAAUCCGCGUGAUUUAUGCAUUAUUUUCACCGCGGCGGAAAGAGACGCAGACUUCCCUUCGCCGAGCGAAAAAUCAGUUGCCACGCGUUGAACAUUUUCGCGUCGAAGUGAACGAAAUGUUGGAGCGUUUCGGUGUGUGGUAGUGCGAUAAAAAAAAAAAAAAAAAGGAAAAAAGAAAAACAGUGAUACGAGAACAUCGGUAUAAUCUGCUGUAUCGUUGGUACAGUUCGAGUGAAUGCGGUGAACGUGAACGGAAGUUUGUAUCGUGCUCUGCCCAAGGCGUCGUCGUUGCAGUUGUCGGUGUUUGAAAAUGUUGCCAACGACACUGGAUCGAUAUACACGAUGACAACUAUCCGCGUGGUGAACGGACCGCAUAAAAUGGUCAACGGUGACGAUGACUGGGAGUACGAGGAGAUCGUACUCGAGAGGGGUGGUGCUGGACUUGGCUUCAGCAUCGCCGGGGGCACGGACAAUCCACACUUCGGCAACGACACUGCCAUUUACAUCACGAAACUCAUACCAGGCGGUGCCGCGUCAGCGGACGGUCGUCUACGCGUCAACGACACGAUACUCCAGGUGAACGAGGUUUCCGUUGUCGACGUACCGCACGCGGCGGCCGUCGAUGCGCUCAAACGAGCAGGGAACACCGUUAAACUAUACGUACGACGACGGAGGCACACGCAGCUGAUCGAGAUCGAGCUAAUCAAGGGUAACAAGGGCCUCGGUUUCAGUAUCGCCGGAGGUAUUGGCAAUCAACAUAUACCUGGUGACAAUGGAAUCUACGUAACGAAAAUUAUGGAGGGCGGCGCCGCGCAAGUGGAUGGCCGCCUCGUCGUUGGGGACAAAUUGGUGGCCGUCAGAAAUGCUCUGCAGGGCGACAAGAACCUGGAGAACGUGACGCACGAGGAGGCGGUGGCGACGCUGAAGGCGACCCAGGACCGCGUGGUUCUUCUGGUGGCGAAACCGGAAACCGGAAUCGUGCCCCCGCCACCACCCCCGAUGGCCUCGGACAAUUCGCUCUCGCCGCAACCAAGAAAACAAAAUGGUUCUGUGUCGGCGCUGGAGAACAACUCGACGCUGCCGUACUCGCAAGAAUCACGUCACGCGUCUUCCCUGGCUCUUCAUGGCGCGGCCACGCCACGAGCUGUUUCUCAGGAGGACGUAUCACGGGAGGUACGUACGGUCGUGCUCAACAAAGGUUCCUCCGGUCUGGGUUUCAAUAUUGUCGGUGGCGAAGAUGGCGAGGGAAUUUUCAUUUCAUUCAUCCUAGCCGGAGGUCCUGCCGACCUCAGCGGUGAACUACGCCGUGGCGAUCAGAUACUCAGUGUCAAUGGCAUUAAUCUUCGGACAGCCACCCACGAAGAGGCCGCCGCGGCCCUUAAGGGUACCGGGCAGACAGUGACGAUCGUGGUACAGUACAAGCCCGAAGACUACAACAGAUUCGAGGCCAAGAUCCAUGAUCUUAAACAACAGAUCUCUCAGCAGAAUUUGAUGACAGGCACCCUCAUGAGGACCUCGCAAAAGAAAUCGCUUUACGUUAGAGCGUUGUUCGAUUACGAUCCUAACAAGGACGACGGGCUGCCGAGCCGCGGUUUGGCAUUCCGUUACGGUGAAAUCCUACACGUGACGAAUGCCAGCGACGAUGAAUGGUGGCAAGCUAGAAGAGUAACUCCUCAGGGCGAGGAGGAGGGUCUCGGCAUAAUACCGUCACGCAGACGAUGGGAACGGAAGCAACGCGCCAGGGAUCGUUCCGUCAAGUUCCAAGGCCACAUGCCGGUCAUCCUCGACAAGCAAUCGACACUGGAUAGAAAAAAGAAGAACUUCUCGUUCAGCAGGAAGUUCCCGUUCAUGAAGAGCAAGGAUGACAAAUCCGAGGAUGGGUCAGACCAGGAACGGUCGCCCACGACACCCGAGAACGAAAACGAUCCUACACCAUUCAUGCUGUGCUACACCCAGGACGACACUAACACCGAAGGGAGUAGAGAAAUUUUAUAUCGUGUCGAACUGCCUUAUAUGGAGGAACUGACGUUAGUUUAUCUGGAAAAGGAGGACGAUGACAUUAAUGACGAGUUUAGCAGCGAAGAAAACGUGCUGUCGUACGAGGCAGUCCAACAGCUCACCAUACAGUACACACGACCCGUCAUUAUCCUCGGUCCUCUCAAGGACCGCAUCAACGACGACCUCAUCUCGGAAUUCCCCGACAAAUUCGGCAGCUGUGUGCCACAUACAACGAGGAGUAGGAGGGAGUACGAGGUGGACGGACGUGAUUAUCAUUUCGUCGCAUCCAGGGAACAGAUGGAAAGGGAUAUUCAGAAUCACUUGUUCAUUGAGGCCGGGCAGUACAAUGAUAAUCUUUAUGGCACGUCUGUGGCGUCAGUGCAAGAGGUUGCUGAGAAGGGAAAACACUGUAUUCUGGACGUGAGCGGAAAUGCCAUCAAGAGGUUACAAGUGGCGCAGCUGUAUCCCAUCGCCAUCUUCAUUAAACCGAAGUCCGUGGAGUCAGUUAUGGAAAUGAACAAGAGAAUGACCGAGGAACAAGCGAAAAAAACGUACGAACGAGCACUGAAGAUGGAGCAAGAGUUCGGAGAAUACUUUACUGCCGUGGUGCAAGGUGACACACCCGAGGAGAUUUACGUGAAGGUGAAGGAGGUGAUCGCCGAGCAGUCAGGCCCGAACAUUUGGGUACCGUGCAGGGACCAGCAACUGUGACGUCCUGCCCCCCACGCUCAGCCUGGUCCGAACGCUUGGACCCUACCUCCGAGGCGUCAAGCUUAAUCACUAAUAAAUUAAUAAAGUAAUCGAGUAACUCUCUAAUGCCUUUCCCGUUCCCUUCCCCAAUCCACGUCCCCACCUCUCACUCCGCUCCGUCGCCCACACACCCACACACAUACCCACCCAAUCGAGUAGCACAAUGUCCCAAUUAAAGGCGUUAGCCGUGCACCAAGCUCGUUGAGGAAAAGAAAAAAAAAAAAAAAGGAAGGAAGGAAGGAAAGAAAGAGAGAAAGAAAGACUUCGCGUCGAGUCUGACAAAGCUGACAGCGCGCGAAGGUUUAUCAGAAUACGUAGCACUUUCACGAGAGGAGGUUAGAUUAAGGAGAAAAAUAAAAGAGAAGAUGAUGAUGAUAAUAAUAAUAAUAAUAUUAAUAAUAAAUAAAUAAUCGCGGGCAUGUUUGAAAACGCAUGCUCGGAGAGUCUCGAUCCCGCGAGAACUCGCAACUCGCGCGAUCGUCCGUGCCGCGAAAGAAGGGAAGUUUCCCUUCGAUUGUUGAUUAUGUAAGGAUAAAACAGUCGACGGCGUGUUCCCGCUGCAAUUGUUAUCCGUUUCGACGAGAGAGAGAGAGAAAGAGAGAGAGAGAGAGAGAUCCGGCAACGCGGAAUAUUCAAGGCGUUUGAACGAUCCUUCCGACGACGAGAGAUUGUCAGGAGGAGGGAUACGUGUUAAUACCUGGAAGGGUGUUUCGUUGUAUCACGAUGUUUUAUCUCAUGCGUUUUUCCACGUGACGAGUGGGUUUGCCGAGUGCGAGAGAACAAGAAACAUCACCCUCCCCGUACACACUUGUCACCGUGUUGAAUUUUUUUUAUCACUGUGUUAGCAAAACGACGACAGGCACGAAUACACGGCAACUUCGAACUCCCCGAGUUGAGAGAGGAGUCGAAGAACCUUUAGAAGUUACUUUCUAAUUUGUAAUUUGUAAGAGAAGAGAAACUGGCACGAAUGGAGACGCGUCGGUCGUGUAUUCGUCUCGGAAUCGAUUUUUACUGCGUGUGCGCGGCGACUCGACGAGCGCAGCGAGGAAUCGUGCGUUUUACCGAAAGACUCGCGUCGCGGUUCGUCGAUUCGAAUUCGGGCCGCGGCGCGUUCUGUGUGUGUUACGUUGUAUGUGUCACGCGAUCGCUUGGAAACACGAUGAGAGAGGCGAGUAAGAAACCGAGUAACCGAUGCUCCGCCGAAGUCGAACGAGCGAGAAUACGACGGGAGGAAAUAAUAAAUGAUAGUAGAUGUUUAAGAUAGAUUUUCGUCGCGAUUGUUUGUACGACGCGCACAGCACGUUUAGGACGCUUGAAGCAGAGAACUUUUUUUUUUUUUCACGCGCAAAUCGCGACGAACACGACGACGAAAGCGUGUGACAGGCGAAAAAAAAAAAAAAGGCGAAUGAACGAGGUGCGAGAGUGCGCUGAAAAAUAAACGAAAAGAAAAAAAAAUGAAAAAAAAAAUGAAACAAUAAAACAUAAUACAUACUUGGCUUUACCGAACAUACUAUAUACAUAUAUAUGUAUAGCUUGGUCCGGUUAAUUCUGAGCGAAGUAGCGCGGUAUUUUUUAAUGUACUUAAUCGCAAUAAGAAGCGAGCGAGAGACAGAAGGGAAUCGAGAAGAUUCGUCGUCUGACGAGAUGGAAACUCGAAUGUAGUAGAAACGCACUGACUAGACGAACGAAAUGGAGACGCAAAGAAACGAGAUACUGUAUGGGAUAUACCCACUGAGAGUCUGUUUUAUGGUGUUUUUUUAUUUUUUUUUUUUCCUUUUUGUGUUGAGAGACGAGAGGGAAGUAAGAAGAAGAGAAAGAAAUAAAUAAAACGAUGGAAAUGAACAAGAAACGACAGGACCCAGACGUAUAUUACGAACCUCACGAUUCAUCAAACCUCACAGGACAAAUCUCUAGAUGCUAGAAUAGCGAUAUAUAAUGUUUUGUACAGCUAGAUUACUAAGCCAGUAUUGGGUUAUGUGCAACAUUAUAUACAUAUAUAUAUUUAUAAAUAUAUAUAUGUAUAGAUAGAGAGAAAGCGCGCGAGAAAGGGAGUGACGAUCAGCAAGGAGAGAAAGAAUGAACGCUAUUGUAAUUUAAAUACCACUACUAAAUUAUUAUUACGAUAGUAGGUAUAUAUAUAUACAAUAUAAUAUUAUUGUAAAUAUCUAUACCCGGGUAAUCGAGAUGGUAUAUGGUGGUAGCGUUCAAGAGACGAUCAGGAGACGCAGGUUACAGUAUUUCUCGAGUAUACUGAAACGAUGAAUAUGUCGCGACGAUUUACACGCGUUACAAUUGUACGUUCGAUGCAAAAUCAGGGGACCUGUUAGCUAUUCGCGUUUCGUUUUCUACGAUUGGCCCAUGCCAAUCAACAGGAGGCUAGACGCGUACGCGCGAAGAUAAAUGGGGAAACGGGGGAGCGAAUUUCAACCAUCGAUUCAGUGACACGUGUGAAACAGAAAUUUGCGAACGAAAGUUUCCGCUAUAGCUAGACCAACGAGAGAUGCCUCCGCCAUUAUUCAAUCAUUUUCGCACACAAGCGGUCAGAAACAAGAAAAAGAGAAAGAAAGUAUCGCAGAAACAAUCCAUCGAAUGGGGCAUCUUUUCGAUCACAUCACACGUCGCGUUGAAAACGAGAUAGAUCUGUACUUACGAGCGAACAGAGAAAUGCGUAAAGAAAAAAGAGAAAGGAAGAAGAAGCAAACGUCUAGCAAGGAAAUUGUAGCAAAAGAUUCACGAAAUAAAAGAAGUAAGGAGAUCUGGAAAACGCGAGAAAGAACGAUCGUUUAAUCGGAGCUUGCACGUAGCUAAAACUAUAUAUCGUCGCAAUGGCCGCGCACCUACAACACUUGAUUUCGCAAUCGGCGAUCGUACAGGCGAUCUCGCUUAAUCGGUCUCGCCAUCGUCGAUUACCCUUUCUUCGGUCGGGGCGAGCGAGAAGGGCCGAUUUCGCGUUCUUUUUCCUCCCCUCCCCGCAUUCGUUUUUUCGUUUAUUCGUAGGGAUGUGUGUCGCGCGCUAUCCGAACGACAUCGAUUCACUAUCGGGUAUAAUAAUUAGCAUGGGUACGCUUUGUACGAGCUAUUUUUCCUACGAAAAAAAAGAAAUCCUGUGUUUAGAAUCGUUAACGCAACAGCCGUCGCACGUAUUUGCAAGAAAAAGAAAUUUAAAAAAGAAAAAAAGAGAGAGAGAGAGUGAGUAAGUAAAAGAGAGGCGUGUAUUAUCGAUAGUUGAUGAAGGAUGUAAUCGAAUGGGCGAGAAACGUUGACGUAUUAAUAUUAUCGCACAGGUCGUGCCUGAAGACAGAGAGAAAAUAGAAGAAAACUGAGAGGGCUAGGCUUCGCCGAAAGUUAAUGAAAAAAAUCUUUUUUUA